AUGCUCACGUUCCACAAGCGCAUGAGCAUCGUCACCGACACCCUUAGCAGAGCGAGCACCCACCUCGACCACUUCCUGUUCGUGUUUUUCCUGGUAAUCCUUGCGUUUGCCGCCCUCACAUGGCUCCUCGUCGGGUCCAGCACGAAAGAGUUUUCCACCCUGGUGGAAGCGUGGGGGAGCGUGACCCGCAUCUCCCUGGGGGAGUCGGAGAAUUUCUACCCGCAGAUCCUGGACGCGCAGCCCACGGUCGGGCCGGUGGCGGUGGUGCUGUACCAGGUCCUGGGCGUGGUGUUGCUGCUGAACGUGGUGAUCGCUAUCUUUCUCGAGGCCUACCGAGGAGUUGUGAGUGGCAUGCGCGGCGAGGACACCAUAUUCCAGUCGUUCAUCGCCUUCGUCGGCAUGUCUUGGUGGGUGCCGCACUUACGGUAACGGCUCGACAACCGGAGCAGAUCCUAGCGUCAGUUUCGUGUGUGUGAUACGUGUCUGCUCGUUAAUGUUUACGACGCCAACUUUCGGCGCCAAGAGCACCCUCCUCAGGGUGUUUGAAAGGGAAGAGAGUAGUACCGCAGGCCCUACGCUUAUGUAGCAGAACUUUUAUGUGGUUUCUCAUUCGUGUUGGUAGGCGAACAACCGCGGGUUCGAGGUAUGACCCCGUAGAACAACGGGAGCCCGUAAGCUCUGCUGAAGGAAUGACCUAUGGAGCCCACCACAGAUGAUUGGACGUGCAACGCGGAGGGUCUCUCUGUGUUGCCUACCCAAUCGGAGAUCCUGCGCGAGAAUGGCAUGACAGGACGGCGUGAAGAAAAGUGGGCGUGGAAUUUGCUGGAUGAACGUGACAAGUCGAAAAUACAAAACGGUAGAAAGCUCCCAAUGUAGCCGACAUACCCCCGUUCAUAUCUUGCGAAGACGUGUUUACCCAUGGCUACGCCCUCACGCACACCCAUGCAGACCUGUACGUUGUUCCACCAUCCUCACGCCAUAGUGCCAUGUUUGCGGCGCCCACGUCGGGAUCACUUUCAUCCCCGUAUCUUUGUGAGACACGUGGUGAUUUCCGCGCGAGGGCCACGUACAAGCGACGUUAGCGUACGCACCGUGAACGAGCUGUCCUCCCCGUCGACGGCAGGUGUUCGUUGAAAACAAGAAUACGCUGGGCCACCGCCUGCAUGCGGUGGCGUCUGGGUGGAUGGAGAAACACGUCGCCUCAGGACAGGCCUAGGCGUCCGUCGCUCAAGAUGUUCCUGCAGGGCUCUACCGGGGUAUGCGGGGUGGAUGGGCGGCCCGUGGUGAUGGUCCGGAGACCUCCAGGGAGCUCGACGAUAGUGGGAAGGCAGCUGUCGUUCAACUGCCCGCGGUACAUAACGGUGGGUUGGAUAUGACGCGGUCGGGAGACGAGGGUGGGAUUUGUUCGAAGGUGCCGUUCACCAGACCCUGGAAGACGUCAUUAACCGCCGUGUCUGAUAUUCACGGCAGCGAAGUUGACAAUCGGGCAAUCCUCGGGCAUGCAAUUGUUUUGCAUGUUUGGUGUGUUUUGUCAAUCCCGAUCGGCGGGGGAGGGGGUUCGCGUGACGUCAAUGUGAUUGCCCCAAUCCCAAAAUCUCGAGGCGGCGGUGGCUGAUCGUGGUUGCUGCCAAGCGUUUAGUGUCGCUCAAGUCCAGUCACCGCCAGUGUCGGUGGAAGCACGAACCUGUUCUACGUCAGGAGAAGAAGUUCGAAACGCACCCUGGCGUCCAUCGACAACGGAGGAAAUAAUUAUCGGAAGGCGCAAGCAAAAUGAGCUGUUAUUCCACUGCAUAUCGAACAUUGUUUCGGGCGCUGUCCAUCUGGUCAGUAUUCCUUGCUCAGCUUGCCAGUGGGAACGACUUGUAUCCCGCACAUCGAUACCGAAAAGGAGAGGAAGGUUCUAAACAUUAGUAGGAGGAGCAAGACAGCAAUAUAACGUUGUACUGAAUACCAGACGACGACUCAAACGGCGCUCGUGGUUCUGAACAAUGGACUAAACCCAAGUUUGUUGCUGCCUAUGCGAGUGUUAUGGUUUACCAGUCGUGUAAUUCAGCUCUUGGCAGCGGUUGUGCACCCCUGUUCACGUCUACCAGCGAUUGUUUUUUUUGCCGCUGCUGGCCGCAAUCCCACCAACGACCUACCUGAACAAGCCAGGAUGUUCAACGCGUCUGCCCAACGAAGACGGCUCCACCUCCUUCCCUACAGCACACCCCAAUCAUGAGUACCGCGUUCCCGCUCGUAUAUCCGCGUUAACAAGGUGACCGAAAUGCAGGCACUGAUCGAAGCCACUCCGGUCCCGGCUCGCGUGGCCGACCGGUUGGUGAGGAAGAUCGUCCACGAUUGGGUCUUCCAAAGCGCCGAACGGAUCACCGGAGGCGUUUUUCAGUCACCGUCGUCCUCGGGGGAGUACGGCAACGGCACCGGUGGGAGCAACGGCGGCGUAACGGUAGCGAGCACCAGGAGAACGUCCAGUAGUGACUCGUCACGGCCAAUGCUGCGGCGGUGGUCGUCGUCCACCGCCUCCCGAUAGUGUAAGGGGGGCGUUUCGUUUUGCAGGGUAUCCCUAGACUACGGCGUGGACAGGGUCGUGUCGGGAUAUCCUCACACGGGACGGGGGUCAGAUGUAAGUUUCAUCGCCGGGUGUUGCCGCGUGUUGACUUUUUAAGCGGCCAUCCAACACCUCUGCAUGAUGUACUUUUGGAAGGUGUUGGGCGUGGCGACAGCGUGUGGUUCGGCACGUUGUGUGUGCCAGGCUAUGUGGUGAAGGAGAUGGACGCGUAGCCCACUCGGUGUGUACAGGUUUUCAACGAUUAUUUCUCCGCAAGACGCUUUAUUCUGUAUUUUUUACUCGUCCGUUCUCCCGUCCAAUCCUUAGAGUAUCGCGCACCUGUCGCGUUUUAGAUAUCUCCAUCUCUGUUACAUGUGUGUUGUAUAUCGUCCUGUUGAGAGAGGGUGUUUCGCAUAUGAAGCGUUGGAGCUUUAUGGUAGUUGAGGGCGUCCUACGAGUGGGGGGAGACCACCUGUUUCUCCCCCAUACAAGUUGUGUUUUUGUUACUGCGAUGCGUCCGUUCCCGAUGUUUA